GCCAGCAGCUUCCCUCGCCUCUGAGAUCGAUCUUGCGUCGUCACUUCCCCCAAUCCACCAACUCCAUUUCCGAUCCUUGUCCACAGGCAUUGUCUCUUUCGCCGGCCACCCACCACCUCCUCGCACAAUGUCGACCGCCAACUCCGUCAGCAACAAGACCAUCGCGGUUGCCUCCAUCGGCGCCGUCAUCACCGGCUUCGUCGCGUACGCCUUCUACUUCGACUACAAGCGCCGCAACGAUGUCGAGUUCCGCAAGUCGCUGAAGCGCGAGUCCAAGAAGCUGGCCAAGGUCGCGAAGGAGGAGGCCGAGGCCGGCGCGCAGCAGCAGCGGAUCGUGAUCCGCCAGGCCGUUGACCGCGCCAACGAGGAAGGCUUCCCUAGGGAUCCGGAGGAGGUCGAGGGCUACUUCAUGCAGGAAGUCGCGCACGGCGAGCAAAUGACGCAGGAUGGCUCCGACCCUGUUGACGCCGCGCUGUGCUUCUACAAGGCGCUGAAGGUGUACCCUCAGCCCAAGGAGCUGAUCAACAUCUAUGACAAGACCGUCCCCAAGCCCAUCCUGGACAUCCUCGCCGAGAUGAUCGCUCACGACAAGUCGAUACCCAUUGGUAAGCCCGCCUCGGCCGACACGAACAUCGAUGAGUAAAUCUCCCGGGACUGGUCGAACUAGACAUGCCUGGCAAUUGAAUUGCAAUGCCGGAUGAGAUGCAGCUUCUUACUAGCUCAUUUUUUACUCAUGUGUAACGGCGCCUGGGGCGCGUCGGCGCAAGUGCCAUUUACACCUUCCUGUACACCACUGUAUAUACACUGCGCACCUGCUGGAGUCUGGGGAAGGGUUUUCAAAAGGCUCGCUGCGGGCAUCUUGGCAUAGAUGGGGGAGGGGACGGUUGUGCAGGCGGAUGAUGGGACGCGACUGCCGAACAAGCAGCCGCUGGCGCCUUCCCAGUUGAUUAAACGCGACUCUACUAUCUUCACAAAUUUAAGACUUGACGAAAGC